UUCAGCAGAUUUUCAUCCUGUUUUUGAGUAAAUAUAUGGGCUUUUGUUGAAGUAUGAGAAGAUUUUAAUAUUUUUUUCUGCCUUUUGUGUUUGACAAUCUGAUUGAUUUCGAAGUGAAUCUGCUGAACAAAAAUAAUUCAGUGGAUAUUUGUAAUUUGUAACGGUACCCAUAUAUUGGAUUUUAAAGCUGUUGGAGAUUUUAUCUUUUACCCAGUCUUAUUGGUUAAAUCAUGAAAUCAUAUCCCAGAUACAAGCAUAGCGAGGAUUUGGAUGUAUAUUGUGAAGCAAAUAUGAAGAGCCACUUUUUAUAGUCAAGAGAGAUUGUUGAUUGCAGAAAAGCCUAUAGGGGUUACUAGUGAUUGAUUGUAUAUCUAUAUCUUGGUGUUUUGUUGUCUAUUGUUCUGGAAUAACUUGAAGAUGUCUGGAGCACAAGAUCAAAUGGAGAUUAAGUUUAGGUUGAUCGAUGGAUCGGAUAUUGGCCCGAAAAAUUUUCCUGUGGCUACAAGUGUUGCAACCUUGAAGGAGGAUAUUAUAGCUCAAUGGCCUAAAGAGAAAGAAAAUGGACCAAAGACAGUAAAAGACAUCAAGCUAAUUAGCGCGGGAAGAAUAUUAGAUAACAACAGAACUGUGGAGGAGUGUAGAAGCCCAUUAUACGAUAUUCCAGGAGUAGUCACGACCAUGCAUGUUGUGGUUCAACCACCAGCAACAGAAGUAAAGAAGUCUCCAAGUGACUCGAAGCAGAAUAAAUGCGUCUGCAUAAUAUUAUGAGACAGUUCCUGAAGCAAAACGAGAGACAUUUGCAGAUAAAAGAUUGCUCGAAAUGGUACAGUUGAAUUGCUGGUUAAUGCAAAACAGGUGGUGUCUUGCUCUAGGUCCAGGCGUUCUGUUCAUAUAUUCAGUCAAUUUCACAUCAACAUAUAGAAUUUUUUUUUUUUUUUCUCUUCAAGUGAAGAUCUAUGUCGUAGUUUGGAGUAAAUGAAAUCAGAAUCAUUGUUUCAAUUGAAGUCUUCAAUUCAAAUUUAAUGGUUUGGUUUCAAGAUUUU